GCUCCUACGUCAGUUGCUGAAAGGUGGGGACACUUCCUGGUGCCCUUGCGACACAGGGACAGCUACUUAAGGGCCGCCGCCUUGUGCCCGUGGCCCGGAGACACCCACUGCCUGCCCCCUCCCCGACAACCCUGAGCAUGUCCCUGGCAGAAGCUAUCAGCCUCUGGAAUGAGGGGGUGCUAGCUGCUGACAGAAAGGACUGGGAGGGGGCCCUGGCCGCCUUCAGCUCCGUCCAGGACCCCCACUCCCGGAUCUGCUUCAACGUGGGCUGCAUGCACAGCCUGCUGGGGGACCUGCAGGCAGCAGAGAAGGCCUUCACCAACAGCAUCCACAGGGACAGGCACCUGGCGGUGGCCUACUUCCAACGGGGCAUGCUCUACUACCAUCUGGAAAGGUAUGACUCAGCCAUUAAGGACCUCAAAGAGGCCUUGACCCAGCUCCGGGGAAACCAGCUAAUCGACUACAAGAUCCUGGGGCUGCAGUUCAAGCUGUUUGCCUGCGAGGUGCUGUAUAACAUCGCUUUGAUGUACGCAAAGAAGGAGGAGUGGAAACAGGCUGAAGAGCAGCUGGCGCUGGCCCUGAACCUGAAGUCUGAGCCCAGGCACUCCAGGGUGGACAAGGCCAUGGAGUGUGUGUGGAAACAGAAGCUCUAUGAGCCGGUGCUGAUCCCCACGGGCAGGCUGUUCCGGCCCAAUGAACGGCAGGUGGCUCAGUUGGCCAAGAAGGACUACCUGGGCAAGGCCACGGUUGUGGCCUCGGUGGUGGACCAGGACAGUUUCUCUGGCUUUGCUCCUCUCCAGCCUCAGGCAGCAGAACCUCCACCGAGACCCAAAACCCCAGAGAUCUUCCGGGCUCUGGAGGGGGAGGCCCACCGCGUGUUGUUUGGCUUUGUGCCCGAGACGCCGGAGGAGCUCCGGGUCAUGCCAGGAAACAUCGUCUUUGUUCUGAAGAAGGGCAGUGACAACUGGGCCACGGUCAUGUUCAAUGGCCAGAAAGGUCUGGUUCCCUGCAACUACCUGGAACCCGUGGAGCUGCGGAUCCACACACAGCAGCAGCCCCAGGAGGACCCCACCCCAGAGCUUCACAUCCCGGCUCCCCCCAGGGCCAGUGCCCCUGGGAGGCCUCCCCGCUCACCAGGUGAACACAAGGAUGAGCCUCAGGAGACCAGGCUCAGUGGCCCCCAGCCCUACACGGUGAAGGUGCACUACAAGUUCACGGUGGCCAUGGAGACCCAAGCCCAGCUGCGCUACAGCCAGCUGCUGGACCUUGUGGCCAAGAAGCUCGAGUUGUUGCCAGAACACACAAAGCUCAGCUACCGACCACGGGCUGACCAGCAGCUGGUACCCCUCUCGGAAGACAGCAUGCCAGACGCCUGGAGGCACACCACCUGCAGCUGCCUGACUCUGUGGUGUGAGAACACGGUGGGUGACCAAGGCAUUCUGGAGGGUCCCAAGGAGCGUGAGCCCACGGAAGCCGGCGAGCAGGCGGCCGGUGCUCAGCUGGGAGAAGGGAGCCGCGUGGUGGCGCUCUUCAGCUAUGAGGCCAGCCAGCCCGAGGACCUGGCACUGUCAGAAGGGGAUGUCGUCUUGGUGUUGGCCCAGGUCAACGACGAGUGGCUGGAAGGCGAGUGCAGGGGGCAGGUGGGCAUCUUUCCCAGAGCCUUCGUGGAAGAGCUGGCAACACCAGGGCAGGCGGCCACGCCCGGCGCGGUUUAGGCUGAAGCCCCCAACACGGGACCUCCCUCCACUACACAACCUGCAUGCCGAGACUGUCAUCACUGUGGCUGUGAGACUCGGUGACCUGCGGGGUCACCUAAUAAAACCCCGCAGAGUU